AUGGCAAAACUGACUGUUGAUGCCGACUACGAUGCCGGCGAAACUCUCAUCGUGACCUGCGAGAAGGCGCCGAUACGCCGGAAUACGCUUUUCUGUGAGGCAGAAGAAGACAUGGAGACUGUCUCCGUGCCAGAUCGCCUCUUCGCUCCGCUCUCAGCCUAUUCUGUCCUAUCCGAUGCUCCCUUCCCUCUCACCCUACCCCCCUCCCCCAGCCCUCACAACCAUCCCGACUAUUCUCACGGCGAUGCAUGCAUAAGCGAGGCUGACUGCACCAAAGUGGCUGAUUGCCAGAAUGUACAGCCACUGCAACCAUUUACGCGGUCGAUGGACUUGCCGCCACCAUGGCAACUGUCAUGGCAUUAUUUACCAAUCCUAGACCUAAUUGCUCAAGGCCUUCCGCGAUUGGCAGGUUCAAUUAAUCCAUUCGCUUCGCCAUUGGUCGACAUCCUGCUUCAACUCUCAAGGCAGGUCUCUUGCCAUUGGUCGAUCGGCUUGCAUUGA